AACAUAUAUUUUACAAAGUUCUGGCAACUUCAUUUGUUAUCAGCCGUAGCAGAGUGUGUUGAAUACAUAUGUAUUCGUUUAUUCUCUGAUUAUUGAAUGAAAGCAGAAUCAGCAAAAUUCGAAAAGAGAACUUUUAAAUUUAAUUGUAUAUAAUCCCAUAAAUAGUUGCUGUAAACAAAUAAUAAUAAAUACAAUGUUUUGAAAUCUAAAUAUUUUUAAAAUCCGAAAUGCGCAUCCAGAGGAAGUGGGGUAGAAUGUUAAAAAAUAAUUGGAAAAGAUUACGCCGGAGACGAUUGCUGAUUGUGUUUGGAAUAGUAGUACUUUCUUCGAUUUUUCUAGUUACAAGAAAAAACUUGGGUAUGAAACAAUCGUAUUGUGAACCCAUAGACGUAGUUUAUACUUGGGUUAAUGGUUCUGAUCCUUUAUUUAUUGAAUCGGCAAGGCGAUAUAAUCCUAAUUAUGAUCCGGCAAGAUUCGACGAUAAAAAUGAACUUCGCUAUUCAUUGCGAUCUCUCGAGAAGUAUGCACCUUGGGUGCGUCACGUUUACAUCGUAACUAAUGGACAAAUUCCGCAUUGGUUAGAUCUUAGUUUUGAAAAGGUUACAGUAGUGCCGCACGAAUUACUUACUCCAAAACCCGAAUUACUACCUACAUUUUCAAGUUCUGCUAUUGAAACAUUUAUUCACCGUAUACCAAAUCUCUCGCAACGAUUUCUCUAUUUGAAUGACGAUAUAUUCCUUGGUGCUCCACUAUAUCCAGAAGACCUAUAUACACACUCUGAAGGUGUGCGCAUCUAUCAAGCUUGGAUGGUACCAGAUUGCGCCGAUGAUUGCCCUUGGACAUACAUCGGCGAUGGAGCAUGUGACCGUCAUUGUAAUAUUGCCAAAUGUCAGUAUGACGGAGGUGACUGUAACUCUUUCGGUUCAGACAAAAGCGAGGAAAAUAUAAUGGAGCACAAUGUAAAUGAAAAUAAGAGCGUCAAAAUAAUUACACCAUCGCCUCUAAAUUCAACCAGACACGUAGAAAUAAGGCAUUUUCCAUUACGAAAAAAAUUUCGUAAUAAAAAACAUUCUACCCAACGUAACGGAUCACACUUCCGAGAGCUAGUGCUUCAUAAAAAUUUGAGCACACUUGCAGAGCUAAGGCAUAUUGUCGAUAACUAUAAUAACCAACUAAAGUCAAAUAGUCAGACCAAGGAAUCUGUACUAUCCACACAGGCUUCAGAUCAAAUUAUGAAACGAUUCGAGGAAGGCAUGGAAAAAACAUCAAAAAACGAAUCCAGUAAGGAUAUAUAUUCCCAUUCCUUAAUAAAUACGAACAUGCUGUUAAAUCGUUUCUAUGGAUUCAAAGCCCGCAACGUAUUGGCGCAUGUUGGAUUCCUGCUCGAUCGCAAUAUAAUAAAUGACAUGCAGCAAAAAUUUUCUAAAGGGAUAGACGUUACGAUAUCUAAUCGGUUUCGCUCAACAAAUGACUUACAAUUUGCUUUUAUAUAUUACUCGUUCCUUAUGAGCGAAAGAUCUACUUUAACAGUGGAAGAAGUGUUUGACGAGUUCGAUACUGAUGACUCACAUACAUGGUCCGAUCGCGAAGUGCGAACAUUUUUGGCCCGCAUGUACCCUCUGCCUCUGGACUGGUCUGCAGUACGUUUUUUCGAAGAAGUUGUAAGUAACUGCUCUCGUGAUUUGGAUAUGCCUUCACGCAAUGGCUAUUAUGAAUAUACUACUUUGGUGUAUGAACGUUACGAAGAUUCAAAUGUGCCGACUAUAACUCGUCAGUUGGUCGCACAAUGUCGUUUGCUGGCGGAAGCGUUAGAAACGAAUUUUGCUACCAGAACUAAAUAUAAAUAUAAUAUAAAUCCUAAAAGAGCUAUCCACAACAAUUUUAUGAUGUUGACAUCUAACAUAACAGAUGUAGUGGAUGGUUUUGACAAAAUACGUCGAAAUCCACGAAAAUUUAAUUGCAUUAAUGAUAAUUUGGAGCCCCUCCUAGCCGAAGAUAAUGAACUAAUACGUCACUUAUUAGAAGACUUCUAUCUUUCAUUUUUUCCUCGGCGUAGUAGUUAUGAGUUACAGUUCGAAUACAGGAAUCGAUUCACAACCUGGCAAGAUUACCAAAGAUGGCGUAGACGUAAGCGUGCUGCCCUUGUGGUAGGAUAUGCAGCCAGUGUGAUUCUUAUUUUAUUUAUUAUAAGAUACAUAUGUAUACACAAAACAAAGAUUGCACGGCGAUAUGUGCAAAGUCUGUAAAUAUUUUUAGUAUUAUGUUCAUAUUUUUGAUGUGAAAGUAAGAUAAAUGUACUUAUGACCUUUCAAGAAAUCCAUAAAAUAAAAAAAUUGUUGAUAAUGAAA